UGACGCCGCGUCAAUUUUCUUCCCGCCUCCAAGAUUCCGCUUCUCCUGCUAGCUGCUAGCGCCGCGAUAAAAGCUUCCUCCUACCUUGCCUUUUCCCUUUUCAACCAACUGCGUACACUGCUACCGCACACUCCCUGUCUCUCACUUUGACUUAGCUGUACCGACACAAUCUCCAGCAAUUAAACCCCCAGACUUCAUCUCCGUUUUCCGAUCUCAUCGCAGAAAUGUCUUCCGCCCAAGACAAGGCCCAGCAGUACCUUGGCCAGCUCGACCGUGAGCUGUCCAAGUACCCCGCCUUGAACAACCUCGAGAAGACUGCGGGUGUCCCCAAGGCCUACGCCGUCAUUGGCAUCGGCGCCCUCUACUUCUUCCUCAUCAUCUUCAACCUCGGUGGUCAGCUCCUGACCAACUUGGCCGGCUUCGGCAUUCCCGCCUACUACUCGCUUGGCGCUCUCUUCAGCGCCAACAAGGAGGAUGACACCCAGUGGUUGACUUAUUGGGUCGUUUUCUCUCUCUUCACCGUUGUUGAGAGCUUCGUCCAGGUCGUCUACUGGUUCCCCUUCUACUUCGUCUUCAAGUUUCUCUUCCUUCUGUGGCUCUCUCUCCCCGCCUUCCGUGGUGCCGAGCUCGUUUUCCGAUCUUUCCUGGCCCCUACCCUCGGCCGAUACUUCGCGUCCUCUGGGUCGACUGCCUCUGGCCUCCGUGCCAAGGCUGACGGCCUCGACAAGACCGAGUAAACGGACAACAGUCUAUUGCUUGGCCGCCAACUCUAGCGCACGCGCCUACUCACUGU